UUCUAUUUCAGAUUUUCAGCAUCCGCAAUUUAUUCUUGUAUUUCCAGUUUACCAUGUUUUGUUUUCAUUUGUUUGUCUUCAUCCACAGGCAGACGCUGAAUCAUGAUGUGGAAUGGGCUUGUAUGUUCAAUGAUUUUAUUUUCUGGAGCUGCUAGAAAAAUCAACCAAUCGCCGCAGCGCAUCACUGUUACUGAAGGGGGGACGGUGCAGCUGAACUGUACUUUCAGCCUGAAAUCAAGCCAUCAAGGGGACAAAAUAAUAGGAAGCAUCAGUUGGUACAAAGACGUGGAAGAUCGUUGCGUUUGCGCCACGUGCAGCGGGUAUCAAGGUCGCGUUCUGCUGAACAGUUCAAUAAGCAUUCUAAGUGAAUCUUUGCAAAUCACCAAUCUCAGUAUGAACGAUACAGGAAAGUAUUACUGCAAAGUGGAUAUUUUCAUGGAAGCACAAUAUCUUGGAAACGGGACAGAAGUCACAAUCAGACGCAGGAACACAGCAGAAAACAAUGGAAGGGGUUUGCAUUGGCAGAUGCUUGAAAUGGGAGUGAAACUUGCAAUAUUUGUUGUGAUCAACAUUGUAACAGUUUUCCUCAUCCGUUCCCGGGAGUGUCAUGGAAUCGUCAAUAGGAACAAAGUGAUCUAACAGCUAAUAAAUAUUGAGCUUCCCUUAGUGUUUGAAUAAACACAACAAAGAAGGAGAAUCCAAGAAGAACAAACCCUUUGCUGAAACUAGAUCAACUGGAAAUGAAGAUGUGGUCGUCUGUGCCACGAAAGUCACGUCCCAGCUACCAUUGGCAACAAUAUAAUUUGAGAAAGCGUGGGAUAGUUAAAACUCAACACUGUGUUUUCAGUGUUCUCAUUCCUGGUAACAAUAGAGUCUAUGAGUCUAUUUAAGCUUCUGUAGACUUCAGAGGGCCUUGAGCUGAAACAGUUGUUGUUUUGUUCUCAAGCUGUACUAUUGAAAGGCCUUAGAUGUCAAAUUAAAAGCAUAAAAUGCUGAAAACACUCAACAGGUGAGGUAGCAUCUGUGGACAGAGAAACAGCUAACUUUUCCGGACUUGGACCCUUCAUCAGAACUUCUCCCGGUUAAACUGCUUCUCUUCUCACAGAUGCUAACUCGCCUGCUGAGUACUUCAGCAUUUUCUGUUCUUAUUUCAGAUUUCCAGCAUCUUCGUUUGUUUUUAUUUUCGGCCUGAUACGUUGACACUGCCUCUCGCCCUCCAUUGAUGCUGCCUGACCUGCUGAGUAUUAGCAGCAUUUCUGCUUCUGUAAUUCCAUAUCAUAUUGUUGGCUGAUAAUGUGAUUUUUUUUUCAAAUAUAUUUAAAAUGUGUG